AUUUUUUUUCCUAAAUAUUUAAAAUUUGAGAUGUACAGAUUUUUUUAAAUGUUCAAAAUUCGCAAUUGUUUAGAUUUUAUUUACUAAAUGUUUAAAAGUAUAGGCGUGAUGUAUUGCGAUUUUCAGAUUUUUUAACUAAAUAUUCAAAAUUUGUGAUGUGGAAUUUCGCAAUUUCUAUGUUACUCCCGGAGUACCGUCAGCAUGGUACUCCGGGUUCCAAAACGACGGCGUUUCUGCUGCUGGGGCAUUAAGUAUAUAAUCAACCUGCUCUUUCUCCAUUAUCACUCCUUCCUAAUUUUCUCCCUUCUUGAUAUACUUUUUUCCCUCUAUUUUUUCAAUUGCAAAUUUUUCUCUUCGAUUUUUCUCUCAAAUCAAUCACUCUUUUUCCUCUUUUCAUCAAUUACUUUUCUUAAUUGAAUAUGAUUUUGCGAAAUUUGCUAGGUAUUGAGGCCGAUGAUGCUCGUUGUACUGAAUCUGCUCUUGUUGAUUUUGAUGCGGAAAUCAUUACAGAGCAAGCGGACGACCAUGAAUUUGAUUCAUCAUCAGCAGUUGGUCAACACGUUUACUCAGAAGCAGAUACAUCUGAAUUGCUUGAUGCUGAAGUCAAGGAUGCUGAUGAAGCAUAUAAUCUGUAUAACAAUUAUGCUUAUAGGUUUGGAUUUAGUAUUCGGAAAGGGAAGACAAGGCCUCGAAAUGAUGGGACUGUAUGUGCAAGGGAGUUUGUUUGUUCAAAAGAAGGGUUUAAAAAACAAAGUCUUCUAAAGCGAUAUACUAAGACAGACUGGAUGCAAAGCUCAUGUACCGUUUGCUGUUGAUAAGUCAGGUGUCCAUCGUUGUAAAAGACAUGUUAUGGACCACAACCACAAAUUGGUUGAUGUUGAUAAAAGACAUUGGUUAAGAUCUCAAAGAAAUGUAAGUAAGGAUCAAUUGGAUAUGUUCACUUCCUGGAAAGACAAUGGUAUGGGUGUAAGUGAUGCAUAUCGAUUUGUUAGGAAAGAGAGUGGUGGUUUUCAAUCAUUUGGUUGUGUUGUUAAAGAUGUUUAUAAUGCAGUAGGAAAGGAGAAGAUAAAGAAGAUUGAAGGUUGUGACACUAAGCAGUUGUUAAAAAUGUUUGCUGAGAGGCAAGCUAAGGAGACUGACUUCUACUAUGAUUUGGAGCUUGAUGAGAAAGGGCACAUCAUUAGUUUCUUUUGGAGAGAUGGGAUUAUGAAACAUUUUCAGAUUUGCUAGUGUUUGAUACAACUUAUCGAACCAAUAAAUAUGCCAUGAUUUGUGCUCCGUUUGUGGGAAUGAACCACCACAACAAAAAUGUCAUGUUUGGAGUUGGGUUUCUUUUGAAUGAAAAGCAUGAUUCUUUCAUUUGGUUGUACAAUACAUUUCUAAGAUCUAUGGGACAAAUUCAGCCUAUAACUAUCAUGACGGAUCAAUGUCAAUCAAUGGCCAAAGCUAUUUCUAUUGCUUUCCCUAAUUCUUGUCAUCGUCUUUGUACUUGGCAUAUUGGUAAAAAUGCAACAAAGAAUAUUCCUCACUUAAAAGCUUUGAAAGGAUUUAACAGUAUCUUCAAUUAUGUCUUGAAGUAUACUGAUACAGAAGCAGAGUUUGAGCAUUACUGGGCAAGGUAAUUAUAUUUAGUAUUAUUUAGUUCAUGUUGUUCUGAUGAGUGUUUCAUAUUAUUUUAUUUUUAGAAUAUGUUAGCUCGUGUAUAAUUACAUGUUAUUUUAUGUGGGCAAGUUAUUUUUAAUGCAUGAAUAUAUCAUGUUAUGUUGAA